AUGACAAGUUCCCUAUUAAACAGUAACCUUUCCUACUAUGCAACGUGUCUUCCGAUCAUUUCCACUCUUUAUUUCGAUAUGAAUAGCAAAUUUCCAAUAUGCGAAGCAUUCAGAAUAUAUCAUUUCACAAGAGAUUCUCUACAAGAACCUUAUACCAUCUCAACAAGUAUAGCAGGGAUAACUGAUUGUAGUUUCACUGUGACUAUUGAGCAUUUGGCGGAAGGAGGCAAUGCUCAUAUGUCAAUGGAGUUGGGGCACUCGACAGAAAUCAGGAAACUUCGAGUCCACUUUCUCUUUCAAACCAUCAAUACAAACAACCGAAAACGUUGUUUUUAUGAGGACGAUAGAAUUGUGAAGCCUGGUUGUGUCUUGAGAUCGAAAGAGUUCAUUUCGAGUGAUCAUACUGAAAAGGAGAAUGACGAGGACCCGUACUCCGUGACGUUUUGUUUCGAGGUCUAUGUGAAAGCCAUUCAGGGAAUGGAUCGGAUUUGGAAAUUCAAUUUUUACGAUAGAAUUUAUGGGGAUGUAGAGGAGACACGUCCCCGAAUGGUACACUUUCUACUGAACGAUGAUGACAGCGACGUUGUUGAUUUGUAUUGUCCGAAACAGCAACUAAAAUUCUAUUCCCCGUAUUUCGCUGACAUCCCAGAUGAUGAAGGUUGUGGAACGGGGUUAACAAGGAAAAUGGAUCGUAGCUUAAUCGAAAAAGUCCUCCAAAUUGCUCAUGGAGUUCGUGAGGAGUUGUCAUCUGCCACUCUUUGCCAGUUGUUAAGAGCCGCUUCUCUACUCGAUAUGAAAGAUGUCAUCCGUUACUGUCAAUCCCAGAUAAUCAUGAGUCCAGACACCCCACUUAUGGACGAAUUUGAGUUUCGAAUCGCUGCCUAUUUCAAUGAUCACAUCUACAUGGCUCAUUGGCUCGGGAAUCUGAAUUCGAAUGAUGAAUUGAAAAAGAUUCUGAAGACCUUGGAUCUCCAGAGGAUGACAUCUGAAUCUAUGAAACAAUGCGUCAAGUUUUUCUUGAAGAAUUAG